CACUCAGCACACUUGGAUUCGAUAAAUACGCCCUGUAAAAUUAGUCAUGAUGAGUAAGUUCAGUCUAGGUUUGAGACCCUAAAAUCACCACAUGCUUGCUCUGGUUUAUGGCACAUUGACUUUGCAGAGGAAAUGCCCUCUUGCAAACUCUCAGUGUAAUUGAAUCAACACUUUGCCUCCAGAGACUCGGAGUGCUGCUCAGUUGAGCGUCUGCGCUUCCAAGGGAAGCAGCGUCAUAUCCAGGCUCAGACAGGGAAUGUUGAAGAUGCUUUCUGGAGUGCAUCAUUUCAGACUAGCAGCAGUUCUAGUGCUGCUGCCAUGUUUAUCAUGUUACAAUGUGGACGAGAAGAACAGGAUGUCAUUCAGUGGACCAGUGGAGGACAUGUUCGGAUACACCGUCCAACAAUUUGAGAACAGUGAGGGAAAAUGGGUUCUGAUUGGUUCUCCUUUGAUGGGACAGCCAGCCAAACGGACAGGAGAUGUCUACAGGUGCCCUGUGGGACAAAACAAAAACACUGGAUGUGAAAAAUUCCUUUUGUCUGAAAGCACAACAAUUCCAGACAUACAUGAAGUCAAGGAAAACAUGACUAUGGGAACAACGCUUGUGGUUAACCCAGAUGGCAACGGAUUUCUGGCCUGUGGUCCUCAGUAUGGAUACAUGUGUGGAGAGCUGCAGUACAUCACAGGGAUCUGCUCCAAUGUCAGUUCCUCCUUCAAAGUCCUUAACUCCAUCGCUCCAAACAUACGAGAGUGUAAGCAGGAUAUGGACAUUGUAAUAGUGUUGGACGGCUCCAACAGCAUCUACCCCUGGGAACCUAUCACUGACUUCCUGGUCAAAUUUCUGAAGAACAUUGUACUUGGACCAGCCCAGGUGGGAAUUGUGUCAUAUGGAGAUGAUGUUGGUCAUGUCUUCAACCUCAGCCAAUUCAGAAACACAAAUGAUCUUGUUUUGGAAGCUGCCAAGAUCCACCAAAGAACCGGCCACAAAACCAUGACGGCUCUCGGCAUUGACAUAGCAAGGAAAGAGGCCUUUACAGUGGAGCGAGGGGCAAGACCAGGUGUCAAAAAAGUAAUGGUGAUCAUCACAGAUGGGGAGUCACAUGACUACCACGAUUUGAAAGGUGUCAUUAAGGAGUGUGAAGAAGAUGGUAUUGAGAGGUUUGCCAUUGCUGUCCUUGGCGACUACAAUCGACAAAAUAAAAGCAUCGAAGUCGUGAAGAAGUUUAUUGAUGAAAUUAAAUUUAUUGCUAGCGAGUUUAAAGACGAUCAUUUCUUCAAUGUGUCAGAUGAAAGAGCGCUAGUGAACAUUGUUGACGCCUUGGGAAGCAAGAUCUUUGCCUUAGAGGCCACAUCAGGGACUCACACCUCUUCCUUUGAGAUGGAAAUGUCUCAGUCUGGCUUCAGCGCUCACACAUCGAAAGCGGGUGUGAUGCUAGGAGCGGUUGGUGCAUUUGACUGGAACGGAACUGUUGUGAUGCAAGCAGACAAAGAGUUUAUCGUUCCAAAAAAAAACACCUUCCAUGAUCCUGAGGUGCAGAGGUACGAAGGCAUGGCGGGAUAUGUAGGUUAUGAUGUGAAUUCUGCAUACACACCCAAUGGGGUGCUGUACAUCACUGGAGCACCACGCUUUAACCACAGCGGCCGUGUCAUAGUGUACCGCUUCGACAAAGAAAAUGUCACUAUAACACAGAUGCUGAAUGGAGAGCAGAUCGGCUCCUAUUUUGGCAGUGUUCUCCAGACGCAUGACAUCGACCGUGACAAUUACACUGACAUCCUUCUGGUAGGAGCUCCAAUGUACAUGGGUCCAGAUAAGGACGAACAAGGUCAAGUCUAUGUCUACAAACUCAAAGAGGAUGGACUCUUUAAACAUGAGAUGACGCUCAAGCCAGUGAAUCAAAUGUGCUGUUCGGAUCACUCGUGCAGCAGCGGUAAAAGCAUGAAUAAGAACGAGCCGUGCGGUGCACGAUUCGGUACUGCGAUCGCUGCUGUGCCUGACCUCAACCUGGAUGGCUUUAAUGACUUGGUUAUCGGAUCCCCCUUGGAGAACGACCAUCGAGGGGCAGUGUAUAUUUACCACGGUUCUCAGCAAUCAAUAAAAAAGAAAUAUGUACAGCGCAUUGCUGCUGGCGGAGAUGGAGUGAGCAUGAAGUUCUUCGGCCAAUCAAUUCACGGCAUUAUGGAUUUGAAUAAUGACGGCAUCAUUGAUGUCACUAUUGGAGGAAUAGGAGGGGCCGCAAUUUAUUGGUCUCGGGAUGUGGCAGAACUGCUUGCAGAGAUGACCUUUGACCCCAGCAAGAUCAAUCUCCAGCAGACUUGUCAGGUCAAUGGAAAGAACAAAGCGUGUGUGAAAACCAAAGUGUGUUUUAAGUAUCGGAUCAAGUCUGAAAAAGAAACAAACGCAGGAACUGUCUUCAGGUACAGUUUAACGCUGGACUCUCUGAGAGCGAUUUCCAGAGGACGUUUUACUAAAACAGAUGACAGAAAGUUGCAGAAGAAUGAGUCUAUCAAUGAUACACUUUGCAGAGAGCACACCUUCUACACGUCGGAUAAACUAGAUUUCAGAGAUCCCAUUAUGGUCACACUGGAAUUUGGUUUAGCGGAUGAAGACAAAGGUCCAGUCCUGGAUGGGGAAUUACCAACAUCACUCAACAAGACCAUUGCUUUAGUGGACUGUGGGAGCAACAACAAGUGCAUUGCUAAUCUGCACCUCAAAUCGACUGCCAAUAUCUCAAGUCUACUCAUAAAAAGCAACCUGGAGAAAUUUUAUGUCAACAUCAACAUCCACAACAAGAGAGACAAUGCUUACAACACCAAGGUUACACUGACUCAUACAGAAAAUAUCAACUAUGUCAAAGUCGAGCCUAAAGAGGACUGUGAAACAAAUAAUACCAAAAUAGUAUGUGCUGUUGGAUACCCUUUCCUCAAAACUGAUAAAAUGGAAAUAUUCAGAAUCCAGUUUGAGCCUAAUCCUUCUCAUAUUCUCAAGGACAUUGUGAUCAAUGUUACUGCAACCACUGAUAGCGAGGAGCCAGCUUCUGAACUGAAAGACAACUUUGUGAGCAUCGUCAUCCCUGUAAAGUAUGUGGCCAACGUACGAUUCACUGCUAACAAGUAUAUUAAGGAGGACUACAUCAUAUUGAAAGGGAAGGAGACAAUACCAAGUGUUUUUAACCACACUAGUGUGAUCGGGGAUGAGGUGAAAAUCAGUUACACGAUCGAGAGAGAUCCAGAAAUACAGAGUCCUCCACUGCAGCUCACAAUAACUUACCCGCAUCUCACACCUGCAAAUAACUACUUGCUGUACUUCACAGAUCUUAUGCACACAGGGAACAUCAAAUGUGCUUGCAGAGAAUUGAUUAACCCUUUAAACAUCAAACCUGACAAUCCAUACAAGGUGAAUGCUAAAACAGAGACCUUGAGCGUCUACAUUCUGAGUUGUAAAGAAUUGAGAAACCCCUGCAAGUCAUUUAGCUGCUACAUCCCUCCUGCUGAUUUCAACCAGAUCAAUACCACAUUUAGAGUGUGGUGGCCCACUUUCAUCCAAGGAGAGUUUUCCAGUCUCUACAUGGCUGUUGAAGCCAAACUGGAAAGCGAGAACACUGACCUGUUUGUGUUAAAUGGGAAUGUCAAGACACGAGAGAUCAAGAUUCAAGUCACCAAAGACAUACAAAGAAUCCCACUGUGGAUUAUUAUCCUUAGUAUUCUUAUAGGACUUUUAAUACUGGCAAUUGUUAUCAUCGCUUUAUGGAAGGCUGGAUUCUUCAAGAGAAAAUCAGUUGAAGACAUGAAGGAGGAUAUGAAGGAGGAUAUGAAAGAUUUUGAUUGAGUACUGCAGUUCUGUUGCCCCUGUCCCACAGGUCAACUCAUACUACACAUAGCCAAGGUCAUCGAGAUCACAUUCUAGAACCAGAGUCAGGAAGAACAUCAGGGCUUACCAAAGAUCCUUGCUCUUGGCUUGACACAUUGAUUUAUUUUCUCGUGCUCACUGUAAACUUUAACUAAAUUGAAUCGUAUAUGAAAUCGAUGAACCUCUGAAGCGCCACACGCUUGGUGGUGGACAUUUUGCCAAACCAUUAGAGCAUUGCCCAUCUUUUUCAACUUUAAAGCUGUUGUUGAAAAACUGAAAAUCCCAACAGCCUAAAAACCAUGGACCCUCCUCCACAACCCUUCUACAGCAUUUAUCAUCAGCAUAGCAAAGCUCAGUGCUUACAUUACAUAUGAAAUUCUCUGCAGUGAUCUACAGUCUUGUAAUCAGAACCUUACACUCUUAUGAGUAACAGUUUUAUAUAUAGAGAUCUAUUCCAAUAACACAUUUUUAGAGCUUUUUACACUGUAUAAAGCACUGUACGGUGAUGUUUUUUUUUUUUUAGAUCAAAGAUUUUUUUCUUGUGAGCUUUUGAAUAUUGCCACAUUUAUUUUUGUCACAAAGUAGAACUUAGAUUUUUGGUUCUGAAGUUUUUCACGCUUUUUGUAUUCAUCCGAGAACGAAGAGCAAAAUAUUUGUUUGUACUGUAAAUGUAAAGCUUUAAAUGUAUAUAAAUGUAUGUUUGCAAUAUCACUUUAAUGAUAAAUGAAUGGCUUUAUCAAAGUUAUUGCUUUAUUUGUGUUCAGAAUGACUCCUGUUUUGUUUCCUGACUUUUCCCUGCAACAAUUCUCAGGUACUCCAGAUUGUUACAAUGUCUGGAAUCAUAAAAUUGAACAGUUAUUGUCUUGACAAAUUCUUGCCAUAUGUAAAUAUCAGAAAUACAAAUGCUUUUACUUAAAAUAUAUGUUAAAGAGUAAGUUCAUCCAAAAAGGAAAAUUCUGUAAUGUUCAAAUUGUUCUUUUCCAUUCAUAUACAUAGGAAUUCAUACAGGUUUGGAAUGACGUGGUUGUGUAAAUGCUGACAGAAUUUUCAUUUUUGGGUGAACCAAUCCUUUAAAUAUAUGGAUAGAUGUUUAUGAUCCCAAAGGGGAAAUGUAGUGUAAAACAACAGAAAAUGUUAACACAGAGGACACUGUUGCAUAGCUAAAUAUACAUAUAGUGCAGUUAAAUAAUGUACAGUGCAAAACAUUAGACUGAAUUACACAUAUUGUAAAGGGUGCAAUGAAACAUUUAGGAUGCAUAUACUUGUUGAGUGCCUUAAUUUGUGAUGCACUGGGUCUAUGAAUAGAAAGGAGAAUUAUUUCUUUACAAUGCUAUGUCACACAUUUAAGUGAAGCUGUGUCUUGAUACAUUUCAUUAUAUGUUUAUUAAUGAUGCAUUAAACCAAAGAUUUAAGAGGUUAAACCAAACAGAUGAAAUGUAGCAAUUCCGAGUUAUUGUUUUUUGGGUGGGUUGCAACAUCAUUUUUGUAUCAUGUAACUUGUCUGUCUGUCAUUUACUCCGAAAAGAUGUAUAAGAUCAGUUCUCUUUUUACUUUUUAAAUGUAGGCUGAAAUUAUUCAAAAGUAAAUUGUUGGCAUUUGUUCAGCACAAAAUACAUCGACAAGUUUCUUUUGGUUCUUUUAGUUUCUUCAGACCAUUUUGGUCUGUUUGCAUGUUGCAAUGGAUUCAUCAAUGGAAAUGGAACAAUGUUUUGCAGGCUUCACAAUAUUAUGUUUCAGGAAAAGGGCUUUAUUUCUUUAUAUCCACAAACUCAAUUGUCAAUUCAAGGGCUGUAUGAUAUGUAAAAUAUUUCUUAUUAUAUACAAAUGUCAUUAAAAAAAUAAAAUAAAAAGUUUUUUUUUAAAUUGACAAGAAAAAUGUAUUGCUGUGUGGAUUCAACAUGAUGCUCCAAAGAAUGAUUAUUUCCUCUUCAUAUUUGUCACUGUAUUGUGUUGUAUUGUAUUGUAUAUGUACUGUAUUGUUAACUUGAACAUACACUGUCAAAUUUUUAUAACAGCCAUGAAAUUCUGUUAUACAAUAUAUAAGAUCACGACCAUCAGCAUUCAUGUUUCGAGCAUAUACAUAAAAAAAAAAAAAGUUAAUGAUAGGAUAAUGAUGCCUCACUCUCAAAUGUCUUGGGCACCUGUCAGACACUCUGCUCUGAAGUUUCUAUGUAAUGCACUGAUGUGUUAUAUUGUACAUACUCUCUUCAGCACGGAUGUAAAAAGCUUUGUACAUAUUGUAUAAACAUGCAGAAAAAUAAAUGCUUAUUUUGUAAU